UUUAAUUAUUUACCGUACGCACUCGUGCAAAGUACCAGAUAUUCAUUUUUAUUUACACAGCAAAUUAUUAGAUAAAAUAUUUUGUACCUAGUACAGAAACUCUGGUAGGAAUACUUAAUUAUGUAUGUAUUCUCCAACUUGAAAAAUCUGUACAAAAAUAUUUCGUCGAGUGUUGACUUCUCAAAGUGUUAGAAUUCAUAAACAGUGAAACAGUGAAAAAAAAAAUCAUCAUGAACGAAAAACUGCCAACGGAAUAUAAACUAUACAAGAGAAGAUGGUUCAUCAUGGCGCUCUUCAUGAUGUAUACCAUUAAUGGAGGAGCUCAAUGGUUACAAUUCUCCAUAAUCAACAAUUUAGUCUCAAAAUACUACGAAGGAAUCACGCCUACGCAAAUUGACUGGACAGCGACUUGCCCCAUGCUGGCUUACAUACUUUUGAUUUUCCCUUCGCUUUAUUUAUUGGACAAAGUGGGAGUAAGAAACAUGAUGAUAAUUGGUGCAGCCGGCAUCACAGUUGGAACCUGGAUCAAAGUAUUCUCCGUACACCCUGAUACAUUUUAUCUGGCACUAACUGGGCAUUUCUGCCAAGCUGUAUUUCAAGUUAUGACAUUCUCAUUAUCAGCUCGUUUCACGGCAAUUUGGUUCGGAGCUCAUGAAAUAUCCACAGCCGGAGCCUUAGGAUUGUUUGGAGAUCAGUUAGGUUCAGCUUUAUCGUGUAUCCUUCCAACAAUAAUAGUCAAAGAUGGUUCUCGUGAAGAAAUCGGAAACGGUCUGCAGAGAAUGCACUGGUACUUUUCUGGUAUUUCCACCGUUAUCCUCUUAUUCAUGGUGUUAUUUUUCAAAUCAGCUCCUAAAUCUCCACCGAGUGCGGCUCAAGAAAAACAACGACAAUCUAAAAGAGAGAACGUUUAUCGAGCUGCUAAAUACAUCCUGAAGAAACGAUCGUUUCUGCUCAUAGCUUUAUCGUAUGGAUUAUGCCUCGGAUCAUUUGGUGCAAUUGUGGCUCAUUUGAACGCACCUGUAUUGCUGAAUUUUCCGGAAAGAGAGCAAAAUGCGGAUGCUGGAAGUAUAGGAUUUGUAAUAAUGCUCAGCGGAAUGUUCUCUUCUCUGGUAUUUGGGAAAAUUAUUGAUAAAACACGUAAAUUCAAAGAAUCUGCGGUAUUGCUGACAAUAGGAUCGACAAUCGCAUUUACAUUCUUUACAUGGGCUCUGAGGUCCGGUAACAUAAUCUACGUUUACGUUGCAGCAUUUUUCAUCGGAUCUUUCGCCCAGAGUUAUUACGCGACCGGAUUUCAAAUGGUUAUCGAGGUGACUUUUCCAGUAUCCGAAGAGAUCUCCUCGGCGGUUUUAUUUCUAAUCGUACAAGUUCUAAGUUACACAUUCACUUCUUUAUAUGGACCAGCGAUCAGAACAUUUGGUGACUUGCCAUCGAAUAUAGCUUUAAUAGCGACGUUUUCAACCAGUGUAUUGUGCGCCAUCAUGGUACCUUCGAAUUUAAAAAGACAGCAAGUUGAAAAAUCUGCGCAGGAGAAAAUGAUUCAAGGAAAAGAAAUGACAGAUUUAAUAUCGAAUAAUAAAAAUUCCAACGAAGUGGUCUGAUAACAUGAUGAGUAAUUGUUUUCAAAUGACAACGAGUUUUAGAAAAUCUCGCGAGGAAAAUUCAUAAAUCUGCACAGAUUCAUUGUGAUACUCGUAGAUAGAGGAGGAGAGUAGUUUUCUAUUCUAUACUCUUAUUCAAUGUUGUAUAUAAUACUCAAAUAAUAUUUUGUAUAUUUCUGUU